AUGUCAGCAGAUACCGAUCAACAUCGACCAUCAUUUCGUUUUCGUGAUAAAUUUUCACGUUUAAAAGAUCGAGUAAAAGAUAAAAUUAAAGAUAAAGCUAUUAAACAUAAUGUUACGUUAUUUAUUCAUCAAAAUAUAACAACAACUACAACAACAAAUAAUUCUCAUGAAGAUCAUAAUGAUAAUUCUCGUCAUGGUUUUCGUCAACAUAUGCAUCAUAUGAAAGAUGUUUUAAAAAAUAAAACACAUUAUGAAUCAAUUAAAGAUAAAGUUAAACAUAAAAUUGAUGACAAACUUGAUUUAUAUGACAAUAAAACUUAUCCCAAAGGUUUUUACGAUUCAUUAUUUAGUCCUGAAACAGAGAAUGAUGUUUAUCUACAAACAGCUCUUAUAUGUUUAUGGGUUAUUGCUCUCUUAUGUCUUAUACCAACAAUUAUCGUUAUAUUUUUACCAGCUAAGAAAAAACGUGGUUCAACAAGUACUAAUAUGAUUUUUUUUCAUAUAUUUCUUUGUGAACUUUGUUAUCUUACGUAUAUUUUAUUGGCAAUGAUUAAUGUAGCAAAAGAGUUUCAUAUGGCAUCAUUUUUUUGUGAUAUUGCAAAUUAUGGUAUGUAUGUAACAAUUCCAAUCAUGCAAUUUGCUUUAUUCUUUCUCUCGCUCGAACGUUUAUCAAAACAUUUUAAUCUUCCUAUGACCUGGGCAAGAAUAUUUACGAAACCUUAUCUAAUACAAGUUAUUCUAUGGGUUAUAUGGAUUGUUCUUAUUGCAUUACUUGUUACAUUUAUGUUUAUAAGAAAACAAUUUAGUUUUAAUUUAAUAAAAGAUAAAGCAUAUAGUCUUGCUCCACCUAUUCUUGGUGAUGUUGUUAGUAGACUUGCAUCACGUCGAUAUCAUUGUUCAAUUGAUGGUCGUUUAUCAUCUGUAUUUAAAACAUUAAUUAUUAUUUUAUUUGUUAUAUUAAUUGUUAAACCAAUCAUAUUUUCAAUUGGUUUUAAUUUAUGUACACCAUAUUGUUGUAAAAAACAACGUCGUGAUCUUGAAAGUCAUGGUGAUCGUCGUACAACAACAUUAGUUACAAUAUUUCUUUUAUUAAAUUUAUUUUUUUCAUUUCCAUUUUAUUUUGUAUCAAUGUUUAAUAGUAUAUUAACACGUAUUGAUUCAACAAAAGAUGUAUUUACAAUAAUAUUAAAAAUAUGUUUUAUAUUACGUAUAACAAAUAUUAUAUUUGAAUGUUUAGCAUUUUAUAUUUUUGAAAGAAAUUCAUGGGAUUUAUUAAGCAAAUUAUUUUAUUAUGGAACAUGUAAAAAAUUUCCAAUAUUUAAAGUAUCAGAAGAUAAUGAUGAUGUUAUGUACACAAAAGAUCCAGAAGUUCAAAAAUUUAUUGAUCGAGCACGUGCAAAUAAAGCUGUUGAUGACGAUGAUGAUGGUGAAACAACGACAAAAAAGAAAAGAACUACUAAGAAGAAACGUGAACAAGUAAUAGAAGUUGAACCCGAUGAUGAUGAUGAUGAUGAUGACGACGGAGGAUUUAGAAAAGCAAAGAAGAAGCCAUCAAUAACAAGAGAAAAUGAAGUACAAGCUGAAAGUGAUGAUGAUGAUGACGAUGAUGAUGCAAAGCCUGUUAUUAAACGAACCAAACAAUCAAGUAAAAAGAUUGUUCAAAGUGAUGAUGAAGAAAAUGAAACCAAAAAAGUUUACACUAAAAAACGAACAUCAAAAACGAAAGUAGUCGAUAGUGAUGAAGAUGAAGAUGAACCAGUACAAGCUCAUACUACAAAACGAAAAUCUCAAAUAAUACGAAAAGAAACUGUUACUGAUGAUGAAGAGGAGGAGGAGGAGGAGGAAAAGGAUACAAAACGAAAACCUCGAAAAACAAAAAAUAUUAGUGAUGACGAAGAAGAAGAAGAGCAAGAAAUUAAGACAACUACUAGACGAAAAUCUCGAACAAAACAACCGGAAAGUGAUAAUGAAGAAGAAGAACAAAAACCUGUUAAACGAAAAUCACGUCCAAAAAUCGAUAAAGAAGAGGAAACUACGAGAAAAUCAAAAUCAAAACCACGUCAAAAAGUUGAAGUUGAAGAAGAGGAAGAAGAAGAAGAAAUGAUUAAAAUUCCAAAGAAAAAAUCUCAUCAUACUAACGUAGAAAUUCAAAUGCCAAAUGGAAAAUCUACUUCCCAUCGAUCAGUACCUCCUACAACUACAUCUAAAUCAACUCAAAAGCAUUCAACGUCAUCUCAUCGUAAAAUUGAACGUCGUGCAACACAACCUUCGCAAGAUGAACUUUCAGAUGCCAGUCACUCAUCAGCUAAAAUGAUUGAAUCUGCGGCUAAACCUGUAAAAAAACGACCAACUAAAGUUCAUACAUCAUCUACCGAACAAAAACAAUCUCGAACAAAAUCACCAAAUGAGAAACAUUCUCAUCAUCGAACAGAACCUUCAACAACAUCUCGAUCUAAACCCAAAACUACAACAGCAAAUCAUUCUCAGCAUCCAACAAAAAAAUCACAUAAUGAAACAACAAAAACUAAAAAAGCGCAUACACAUACAAAACAACCGAAAAAAGAUCAUCAUACUAGAAUUCUUGAAAUGUCCGAUGAAGUUUAA